GUACCAUAGACUCGACGUCUAAUCAAAGUAAGCGCGCGACUUUUGGCGAGCUGAGCUGUCAGAUCAGGGUAUUUUCCUUCUUUCAAGAUUUUGUGAGAAUUCUGACUCAUAGAGAGUGCUUUAUGUCAUCAAAGUACAACAUCUAAAGCCGCAGAAGGAUGGUAGAGAAUAGGGGAGCAUUUCAUGACACAAAUAAUGAUUUUCAUUGUCAACUGUUAUAGGCUACCGAUAUUCCUCCAUUUGAUUGGCUCAGAAAAAAUUCUUCAUUGGAAAUCACAAUUUUUCUACAUGAAACUCCACAGGACUUGGGAGUGAAUCUAUGUGAAACGGAGUGCUUUGUACCAAGAUGGAUGCCACACAGUUAGUCUCCCAACUCUCCUCUCUACAACGUCUCGCCCAUGCAACUCUUGAAACUGUAGACUACCAGUCCAAACUCUUAGGAAUAUCCAAAGACUGCCUGACCAAUGGGUUGGAUCUUGCCAAGACUGCCACUGAGGCUCUCAAGAACCUUCAGUCAUUGCUCAACGAAAAUGAGAGGACAAGACAAGCGUCAAGUCUGGAGGAAAUGGAAUCUCUGAACUAUGAGGAGGAAUCUUCACAAGAGGCUACCAGUACUCCGUCUACAGAUGGAGACAUGGGCAAAGUUGAAUAUGAUGACUUUCCUAAUGAGAUUCCUUCAGUUGAGGUCAAAGAACCUAAAGAUGACAAAGCCAGUUCACACCCAGAUGUAUCUGCAGAACUCUUUGAUGACUUUGAAGAGGAAGAGGAUAUAGAUGAAAAUAUGCUGGCUGAGAUUGAUGCAAUGUGUGAGGCUGCAGCCAAUUCAUCUACUGAUACUAUACAAGAUUCUACCACCUCAAGAGACGAUGAAGAUGAAACACUCAACGAUCUUUCUGUGACCCCACCAAGCAAAAAAUACAUUGAUGCAUUGAAGAAAAGCUUUGGUCAUGCAUCUUACAGACCAAUGCAAUGGAAAAUCAUCCAUUCUAUUUUGAAGAACAGAAGGGAUCAGUGUGUUGUCAUGGCAACAGGUUAUGGUAAAAGUCUUUGCUACCAAUUCCCGUCAGUUUUCACUGGUGGUGUUAGCAUCGUUAUCUCACCGCUCAUCUCUCUCAUGGAGGACCAGGUCCAAGCUCUUAAGAUCGCCAACAUCAAGGCAUGUUAUUUAGGAUCAGCUCAGAAAGACAUGGCACAAGCUAAAAGAAAUAUGAUCAGAGGAGAGUAUAGAUUGGUUUAUAUGACUCCAGAGUUUGCUUCCGUUGCGACAGAUCUCAUUGAAGAAAUGCAAACGAAAGUCGGAAUUACUCUCGUUGCUAUUGAUGAAGCUCACUGCGUGUCACAGUGGGGUCAUGACUUCAGAUCAGCAUACAGAACUCUGGGAAAUCUAAGACAAUUACUUCCUGAGGUGCCCUUUCUUGCUCUGACUGCCACUGCUACUCCGAUGGUCCAGAGAGACAUCUGUAAAUCUUUACGCCUCAAAAACCCUGACGUCACAUGCACCAGCUUCGAUAGGCCGAAUCUCUACCUACAAGUUGACCUGAAGACAGGUGACGUCCAAAGUGAUCUUGCCAACAUCCUCGUUGAAUCAAGAAAAUUUUACUAUGAAUUUGAUGGUCCAACUAUUAUCUAUUGUCCAACUAAGAAGGCUACAGAGAGUGUAGGGAGCACACUCAAAAAUCUUGGAGUGAAAGCGGAUAUUUAUCAUGCAGGCAUGAACCCAGAUAGGAGAAAAGAAAAUCAUCAUAAAUUUGUUCGAGAUGAACUUCAGUGCAUAGUGGCAACAGUUGCCUUUGGAAUGGGGAUCGAUAAACCAGACGUCAGGAAUGUUAUACACUAUGGAGCUCCUAAGGAUAUUGAAUCUUACUACCAGGAGAUCGGUAGGGCGGGGCGUGACGGCAUGCCUAGCAACUGCUAUGCCUUCUACAGUCGAGGUGACUUCACAUUAAAUUGGCAUUUUGUGAGAGAGAUAAGGAGUGCAGAGUUCCAAGAACACAAGUCCAAAAUGAUCAAGAAGAUUGAAGACUAUGUACAAACUUCACAAUGCCGUAGAAAAUUAAUCUUAUCACAUUUCCAGCACAAUGCAAAGAGUGCAUUGACGGGGAGUAGAGACUGCUGUGAUAACUGCAAAAGGAAACUUGAAAAGGGAUCAGAUAGUGCUGCAAGUAGCCAGCCAGAUGAGUUAGAUCUCAGUAAAGAGUUACACCAUCUACUGUCGGCUAUCGACGCCACAAGAGGGCGCUACGGUCUCUCCGUUCCCAUUUUCUUUCUCAGAGGUUCGUCUAGUCAAAGGGUUCCUAAUUACCUGUUCAAGCACAAGAACUUUGGAAUUGGCAAGUACAGAUCUGAAAAAUGGUGGAAAGCAUUUGCUUAUCAAGUGCUACACAUGAGUCUUCUGGCAGAGCAGUCGAUCGCAGGCAACAGGUUCUGUUCGACUGUAGGUUUGUCAAGGACUGGUGAAAACUGGUAUAGGGACAUGGAGAGAGGAACAAAUGCUUCAUUUAUGAUUGAGCCAAGCCAGGAGCUACGAGCUGUGAUGAAGGAGAAGGAGAGAGCUAAGCCCACUAUCUUGCCCAAGACUACGCCGGCACCCCUCACCAGACACAUCCUACCCAGAGUACAAACUGGGGAUUGGGUCCAGUUCAUGCAGGCUAGCGUGGGAGGGGCUUCGGAGGAUAUCGUUGCUACGCAAAAACCGGUCGAUCCUAAAGAACAAGAAUUACAGGGUAAGCUGUACUCGAAGCUGAUGAAUCUACGGAAUGAUAUAGCCUCUGAUAUAGGAGCUGCCCCAUACAUGGUUGCUAAUAAUAAGAAUCUACUAGACUUGGCUGUCAUUAGACCUGCCAAUAUUAAUUCCAUGUUGAAAAUUGAUGGGAUCGCUCAGGCGAGAGCUGAGAAAUUUGGUAUCCAGUUCAUCGAUGCCAUCAAAGCAUAUUGUAAAGAGAAGGAUCUUGAGAUGGACAAUUUCCCCGCAUCAGCCCCAUCAAGCAUCAGCGAGAAACCGGAGGGCAGUCAGAGUAACGGAUCAUCAUCAGGAGGCUGCACUUUCCUACGAGGAGCUAAAGUUGGAACGCUAUCCGAAACUAAGAGAGAAUCCUAUACCCUUUUUCAUGAGAAAGGGAUGACACUCGAAGACAUAGCAGUCAUGAGAGGGCUAAAGGUAUCUACAAUCGGAGGUCAUCUAGCAGACGCCAUUGAAGCUGGCUACCCAGUCAACUUUGCAAGAGCUGGAAUAACAUCUGCAGUACAAAAAGAAAUUGAACAAGUCAUCAGGAACCCUCCGAUCAAUUCAGACAUCAGUGCCUUAGGCCCAAUCAAAGAAUUACUACCGCAAUACGAGUAUCAUGAGAUCAAGUUGGUCAUCGCUAUCCUCAAAGUGCAGUAUGGGAUGCCUGUCAAAGUCUCCGCACUCUCGGACACGUCGUCACCAUCAUCAUCACAAGGUUCCAAUGCGUCUCAAUCGACCAGACCUGGCCGGUUCGAUUCACCAACUUCUUCCAAAAGGUCACGUUUUCCAAACUCCUCUCCAACACCCUCCGCAACGUCUACCCCAUCGUCAAAACCCAGCGCCGUCACCAAGCAGCAUAGCAUUCCAGCGUACAUGACUAAACCACAGAAAGAAGUCCUGAAGCGCAGCCAGACAUUGCCAGACAUGCCCCCAACGUCACCACCUGCUAAAGGGAAUGUCCCUCCGGGUCAGUCGAAAGGGGAUCAAUCCAGUUCAAAGCGGAAGCUUCCGAGCUGGUUUAGUGGCUCUGCGGUCAAGAAAGGGAAGAAUGAAGGCGGGACGCAAGAGGUGUCUACGAAAAAGAAACUGAAAGGAAAUGCGCUGUUCAGGAAGUAGGCGUUCAGUUGGUGCAAUUCAAAGGAAACAGACACAUCUCUCUGUCUAGUCCAAACUGGAUCAAUCCAAUAUCAACUAGAUUCUAGAAACCUUGUUUGGUCUGUGGACAAGAAUUUAACUUUGUACUGUCUAUUUAAAACAGGAUCCAACCAAAACGAACUGGAUUCUCGGAACCUGGGUUUGUCUAAUGUGUAUGGACACAGACAUUUUAAUUGGCCUGUGGACAAGGAUUCAAAGUUAAUUCUUUGUUCUGGUCUGUUUAGUCCAAACUGGAUCAAUCCAACAAACACUGGAACCUAGGAAGCAUGAGGCAAUCCCCUGUAUACCAGGUACAUGUACUAUGGUUUAAAUCUAUCAAGUGUAGAUAGCCAAAUGUGACAAAAAUUUGUGAAUGUUUAAUUGAACAGCUUUUUGGCACUUGCACUAUUUUAAACAUUCUGAGAAUGAUAGUUUAUAAUACUGAUAUGAGAAAUAUGACCAAUCAUAAAAUUUAUAUCUUUAUAGACUAAUAAGUAUUAUAAGUGAGGUUAUUAUAAAGUUCAUCAUGAUUAUCAGAGAUAUAUUGUAAAUUUGUUAUAAAGUACAUUUUUUGUAACAGAAAAAAAGAAAAGUUUAAAAAUAUAAAUGUCUACUGACCUUUUUUAGCCUUUCAUGUGAUGAAUCGAUGUCAAACUUAUGGCCUUCUCCUAUAGAAAUAUUUCCUCUGUAUUAUGUGUUUGAUUUAUUUGAAUUAUAUUCAGUGUUUGAAGAAAAUAAUACAGCCUUAUUUCAAUUCAUAAACAUCAGGUAGUGACGAUUUUAUGCCUAUCCAAAGGGCACUAGUGCAUUGACUUGGUAUCAAACCAUGGCCAGGAGUAGGCAACUACUCUACCAUCCUAGCUCUCCCACCUCAUUAUAACACUGUGAUUUAGAUUAGGCAUUGCUACGGUUGGUUGCUCGCAAACCAUUGUGUGACAUGGCCCAAGUUUCUAUUUAUCAGUAUUAUCAAAGUCAAACCCUCUUUGGCAACCUAUUGAAAUUAUUUAGUUUUGAAAAUGCACGUUGCUGCUUUGGCAACGAACAUUCGUAUCUCCAUAAUUGAAAUGGUAAAGAGAGUGGGAAAAAUGAUUGCCAUAACACGAUAUUUCAUGUGUUAGAUUUUGUCGUGUGAUAUAGCGUAUGGGCUACAACCUUGAGAUGUGGAGCUGGUUUUGCGUCGCCAUCACUUAAAGGAUUAUUUGAUCAUGAAAGUUAUUUCCCGAUCCCCAAAUUGAUCCUGCCACCUUAGAGAUAAUGCAUGAAGGCUUUCUAUUUUAGGCUAAUGAUGGUUUCAUAAACAAUGCCCCUGAUUUUGUUUUGUAUACAAGUACCCAAAUAAAUCAAAGUUGUCGUAUUUGUACUAUCCAUAUUCAAACUUCAGGGCCCCGUCUUACAAAGAGUUAUGAUUGAUCCAAUCAACCACAAUUAUGGAAAGCCAGCAAUGUCACAUUUAAAAUACAUAUUUGUUCAAAAUAUUUUCUAGAUAUGAUGUAUAUUCAUACAUUCACUGUUUUCUUGAUGAUUCAGUAUGUUUCCUUUUGUUUUCAAAGGACAUUGUAGAAAAAAUUAUGACAUUGAUAGAUCUCCAUAUACUUGACGUUGAUCAAAUCAAUCUUAACUGUUUGUGAGAUGGGGCCCAGAUUUUAGUCAUCUUAUCUGUUCAAUAUCCAUUUAGAAUACCCCCAUUUGUUCUUUCUCAGAGUAAAUGAUCCUUCCUUGUAAGACCAGUGGUCUGUCAUUGAUAAUAAUUUCAAAGCUUUUGUCAAUCCUGGCCCCAUCUUACAAAGAGUUACAAUUGAUCCGAUCAAUCUCAAGAUCAAUCUCAAAUAUCUGGAAAUCCAUCAAUGUCACAUUUUUUUUCUACCGGAAAUUUGCACAAUGUCCAUUGUAAAGAAAGAGAAGCACACCAAAUUUUAUAGGAAACGAUUGAUGAAUGAAUAUACAUCAUAUCUAGAAAAAUAUUUUGAACAACAAAACUGUAUUUUUGAUGUUGAUUUUGCUGGCUUUCCAUAGUUGUGAUUGAACGGAUCAAUCGCAACUCUUUGUAAGACAGAGCCCUGGUGUCGGCAUUAAUUUUGUAUAAAUCAAACACAGAAAAGUAUAUUUUUUUAAGUUCAUCAAUUCUUUGAACUCAUCUAUGCAGCACAUUCUUUCACCUUACCAAGGUGACUUGACUGUCAUUAUGUUGAUGAAAUUUUGAAACCUUUAGAAGUAAGAUGACACUGCCCCAGUAAUUCUUUAAAGGGUUCUUGCUUUGGUCAAUGUAUGGAUGAUUUUUUUUUUUUUCGUGACAAGAAGCGUUAGUUUACUCAUAAAUCCAAAUUAAAUUGAUAUUAUAAUUUCAUUUUGAGAAAUACAUGCUUUCAUCCCACUUCUACAAAAUCCAUUAUUUCAUCAACAACAAAAUAGUUGUGUAGGGUUUUCACUUAUACUAGUUAUUGAUUUUACAGAGCACUUAAAGUGAUAAUGGUAUCUCUGUUAUUUAAAAUAUUGUUCAUACAUAUGUAUUGUCUGUAUGUAUAUGUCAGAUUAUUAUAAAUUUUGUAAAAUCAUAAUUUGGUAAUAAAAACAAAAAUAACGACUGA